AGCCAGCAGCCCAGCACGAAAAUUCAAAAUUCAAAUUCGCGCUCCAACGGUCAUAUUUCCUUAGGGUUUCUUCAACACUUCUCUUCGCCAAAUAAGUAUAUAUAUAGAUUGAUAAUCCUUGCUGCUUCCAUCGGCGACACCAACAAUCUUGUUGAUUUCAUCUCCGAUUAGUUCUUCUACCCCCAAUUUGCGUUCAACCCAACAGCAAUGGAAGCAAUGGAUUUCCACAGCCUCACCAGGAAAGAGCUCCAGACUCUCUGCAAGAAGAACAAGAUUCCAGCUAACAUCACCAAUGUCGCCAUGGCCGAUGCUCUCAAAGCUCUUGAGAUCGUUGAUGGUCUUGACGAGAUCACAAAUCAAUCAUCGGAAGUCCCCCGUACUGCAAAUAGGACUUCUACUCGAAGAAGACCCACCAAAUCAGAAGCCGGGAGCACUCAACCGACAACUCGCACUCGCUGUGUAUCCAGAAGGGCUAUUGCUGGGGAACUUGAUCAAGAGAGCCUGAUUGAGACGCUGGCUGAGCCUACCUCUGAGAGAAGGGCACCAGUAGUGACAGAUGUUGUGGAAGAGGAGAUGGAUUCGCUUGAUACUCCAGCUGUUCAGCUGAGUGGCCGCAGAAGAGUGCCACAGGGUUCUACAAGGAGAAAAGAGGAGACCCAGACAAAAGAGUCAGCACAGCGCGUCUAUGGUACUAGGCGGUCAGUACGGUUGUUGGAGAAGAGCUUGGCUAACUUGAAUUUGAUAGAGCCUAAGAAAGCUGAUGAAAUAGCUGGAGAGAAGGAUGAAUUGCAACGAAAUUUAAGUGAAUCAUUGGAUAAGGAAGGCGGCAUCAUUGAAGAUGUCCAGGAGAUUAGUGAAGAUGUUAACAGUGGAGCAGACAAGUGUUUGGUGAAGCACGCAGCAAUAUCUGAGGAAUCUGAUAACUUGGAUGAUGUUUCAGCUAUAGAUACUCAAAAUGAAGCCCCUAGUCAGAAGGCUGACGAAUCUAACGUUCAGUUGGAUAAUGUUCCAGUUUUAGAUGCAAAAAGUGAAACCCCUACUCACAGGAUUUCUGAGUCUGAUAUUGAUAUGAUUAAAAUUUCAGCUGCAUGUGGGAAAUAUGAAGCCCAUAGUCUGAAGAUUGAUGAAUCUAAUGCUCAUUUGGUUGAAAAUUCAGAGAAAGCAGCAGAGAUGGAUGAUGAAAUCAUAGAUGAAAAAGUCUCUGACAAUGGUCUAGAAGAGGCCGUGAAUGAUGAUGCUGCUGUUGAAGUCUCUGAACAAGUUCUAGAAGAGGCCACAAAUGAAGAUGUUGCUGUUGAAAUCUCAGUUGAUUCAUUUUCUGUUGAAGUCUCUGAUGAAUCUAAUGCUCAGUUGGGUGAAAAUCCAGAUAAUGCGAUUGAUGAAACCAUAGAUGAAAAAGGAUCUAAAAAAGAUGCUAUCACUGAAGACUCUGACAAAAGUGACAAUUCAACUGUGGAUGUAGUAGCCGAAGGAAACACAGACCCCAAUCCUUGUGGUGCUAAAUCAGGUGAUUUACUUGCCGUUGAAGUGUCUAACAAAGUUCAUGAAUUGGAAGAACAGGUAGCAGAUGUACAAGAAAGCACUGAAGUUGGUGAGGCUGCUUCGGCUUAUCUCUUGAAGGAGAAGGAAAAUACUGAAGAACUUGUCAAGAUUGAAACAAAAGAAUUGGAGUUUUCUUCUGACUCUGAAAACUCUGAUGAUUAUUUAGAUCAGGAUCUUGAUGGGUCUAAUGUUUCUGAAACAGAUAGUGCCAUUAGCUUGGGUUUUGAUGCUACUGGUAAAUUGGAAGAACAGGUAGCAGCUGUACAAGAAAGCACUGAAGUUGGUGAGGCUGCUUCAGCUUAUCUCUUAAAGGGGCGGGAGGAUACUGAAGAACUUGUCAAAUUCGAAGCAAAAGAAUCUGGCAUGAACCAUCAUGAAGAAGACACUUUAUUGCACAACACUCCUGAAUUUGUUGGGGACGAUGCCUCAUUGUCCAAUAUGGAAGGGUUUGGUAAUGGACAGGACAAUGUAGUGGCAAUUGAUGAAUCCUCUCAAUUGCUGGAUAAAACUCCGGCUGGUGCGAAGCAAAUGACUCCUUGUCCUUCUCUGGUGUCUACUGGUGAGGUUAAUAACACAAUGGCAUUCCAGUUUCCCAGACCAAGUCAGUUUACAGCAAGGAAAUCUUCAAGCAAGAAACAGGCAGCAGUUCCAAUAGCGCCCCAAGUUUCAGACAUCAACAGUGAGAAUAUUAACAAUAGUGCUUGGAAAUUGGAGCCUACACUGGUUUCAAUGAACAAAGACAAGGAUAAGGAUGUUAUGCGGAAAGCAGUCGAGGAAAGUUUUGAGGAUAUGAGUAUGAGGCAAAUAAAGAAGAAGCUUAAAGAGCUUACAAUUUCAAAAAAUAAGAAGAGCAACGAAGUUAAGCCUGUGGAGAAGACUAGAUCGGCCUUGCAACCACUACCAGAUAAUUGUGUGGGUGUUGGAGAAAGGGAGAAAUGAAGAAGCAUAUAUCUCUCUGUUGAGGUUUUUUGUCCAGAAUCACCUGAAGUUUUGAAGUGUUUUUGUUUUAAUGUCAGAAUAAUGUGGUCUAAAACACCUAAGAUCGAUUUUGCAUCAGUGUUGAUCUAAAACACUAAGAUCAAACAGAAAAGUGUCUCUCCUUUUUCUGUUAAUUUUCUGUUGAGCGUUAAUAAAGCCUUGCAGAUUAGCAUACAAGUUUUGGUGGUUCACUUCAGUGUUUUGUCCAUUUUAUUCUAUUUCUCAGUAGAGGUUGCUGUCUGACAGUCCGCCACAGGGCCAUAAAAAAAGAGGGGGAGGUGGGUCAAUAUCAGGAGCCCACCUCCUUCAAUGGUCUUGAUCUUACAGUCCGCUAAGUUUUUCCUUC